CCAGACUCCAAUCACUCUCACAUCACUCUCACAUCUUCAUUAGUGCUGAAAGAUCAAAAGAACUGUCAAGAUGAUGACUAAACCACUGCUCCUCCUGGCUGCUCUGACUCUCUGCUGCUGCAUCACCACGCUGCAUGCUGCUCCCAGGCAGUUCUGUUUGUGCAUACGGACGACCUCAGCUCCCAUCCCUCUUCGUGUCAUCAAAAAAAUUGAGGUCCAUCCCAUUUCAGGACGCUGUCCCCGCACUGAAGUCAUAAUCACCAGAAACAACAACUCUAAAGUUUGUGUCAACCCAGGGGCAGUAUGGGUCAACGGGCUCCUCAGGAAUUUGCAAAACAAAAGUGUGACCACUGUUUCCCCCAGCGCUUCCACAAUCAACAUCUGAUCACAUUUCAUGACAUUUGAUGCAACAAUGGCUUCACUUAAGUUUAUUAAGCUGUGACUUAAGUGUGGGAAGGCUGAGCUGCCAUCCAGCUUUAAAAACAACCUUUGUAAUUCAAAUUUUAUACUGUUUAACACCUUCAGCAGAGUUUAAUCGAUUAGCCUAUCUAUUGCAUGCUUUUGCUCAUAAUUACACAAUAAUACAGUCUUAGUGCUUCCUCGUAUGCUUGAGAUACUGACAUGUAAUAAUGUUUGAACUGUGUUUUUUAAAGUAUAUAACGUGUUAUUUGGGAAUUCAUUAAGCAACAAAAAACUGUCUGAAAUAAACAUUUUUAAUGUGUAUGUACAUUUUGUCAUAAACCACAGAUCUGCACUGUGAAGUAAAAUCUGAGAUUGUUUUAGUAAAGGCACCAAUCACAUACACGCACAAAAUAAAGAAUGCUUUCCUGUAAAUGUGAAUCAAAUCCUGCAGUCCACAUUACAUUGAUGAUAUUUUAGAUGGUGCUGUAACCUCUGAUAUGCUUGUGUUGUAUGAAUGACUUGACUUCUCAUAAAGAAUAAAAGAAAAGACAAAAAGACUCUUCAAAAAAUGA